AUGGACGCCGGUGUACACGUUCUCGUGUUCCCUUGGCCACGGCAGGGACACAUAAACCCCAUGCUCCAUUUCGCCACCGCCCUCGUCCAAGCCGGCGUCCAAGUCACCUUCCUCCAUACAGAGCACAACCUCCGCCGUAUUGCCCAGGCGCCUCCGCCGGGCCUACGCUUGCUUUCCCUCCCCGACGGCCUUCCCGAUGACCACCCCCGCAGCUUCUUGCAGCUGAUGGAGUCCAUGUGCGAGACUGGCAGCGCCGCGUACCGCGCCCUGCUCAUGUCGCUUCUUUCCGAAGCCAGUGCGCCGGUGACAUGCGUUGUCGCUGACGGCAACAUGCCGUUCGCCAUCAACAUCGCCGAGGACCUCGGCGUCCCGGCGCUCGCCUUCGCCGGGAACAGCGCGUGCAGCUACCUGGCGCUCUUGUCUGUGCCCAAACUCGUCGAGCUCGGCGAGAUCGCCUUCCCCGCGGACGACCCGGUGUGUGGCGUUCCGGGGAUGGAGGGCUUCCUCCGGCGACGAGAUCUUCCUCGUGGGCUCCACUGCGCUGAACAAGGCGAUGGAGACCCCAUGGUGCUCAAGCUUGCCGAGGUCACCGCCCGUAGCUGCAACGCCGCACGUGCGCUCAUUAUCAACACCGCCGCGUCCAUGGAGCGGCAAGCGCUCGCCCACAUCGCGUCGCGCACAAGCGACGUCUUCGCCGUAGGUCCACUGCACGCCAGGUCGAGGUUUGCCGCAAGCGCGAGCCUGUGGCGGGAGGACGAUGGGUGCAUGGCAUGGCUGGACGGCCAUGAGGACCGGUCCGUCGUGUACGUGAGCCUGGGGAGCGUCGCCGUGAUCACGCACCAGCAGUUCACCGAGUUCCUCUCCGGCCUAGCAGCCACGGGGUACGCCUUCCUCUGGGUGCUCCGGCCGGACAUGGUCCAGACGACCAGCUCCGCGCUCCUCCGAGAAGCCGUCGCGGCAGCAAAAGGAGGCAAGGGCCGCGUCGUCGAGUGGGCUCCCCAGCGGGACGUGUUGCGUCACCGGGCGGUCGGCUGCUUCCUAACACACGCCGGAUGGAACUCGACGCUGGAGUGCGCCGUCGAGGGCGUGCCGAUGGUGUGCUGGCCCUUCUUCCUCGACCAGCUGAUCAACAGCCGCUUCGUGGGCGCCGUGUGGAGGACGGGGCUGGACAUGAAGGACGUCUGUGAUAGAGGUGUCGUGGAAAGGACGGUGAGAGAGGUCAUGGAGUCUGACGAGAUCAGGGGGAUGGCACAAGCCAUGUCGCAGCAGCUGAGGCUGGAUGUGAUGGAGUUAGGGACGUCGUCGUCCGAGCUGGAGCGGCUUGUCCGUUUCAUCACCGAGCUUAGAGCAUCUCUAGCACAGUCCGUAAAAACCGACUGAGACCCGUAAAUAAAGAGUAAUGCUAGACUUA